CUCACACAUUCAUACAUGAGACCACCGCAAACAGUUUACUUGGUUCAUUACAGUAUGGAAUACAUUAUUGAAAUGUAAAUGUUCAAAUAAAAAAAACAAAUGAAGCCAGCUCACAACUACAACAAAUAAGAUAACAUAUUGGCACUUCUAAUAAUGGAGAAAACCGUGCAUGCCCCUGAGGGGAUGGUGGUGACGCCCCACCACCUGGCUACUCAGUCUGCCAUAUCCGUGCUGAGAGAUGGCGGCACCGCGGUGGAGGCGGCAGUGGCAGCCGCCGCGACCAUCGCUGUGGUGUCUCCUCACACCAACGGCAUCGGCGGCGACGGGUUCUGGCUGAUCAUCCCCCCGGCCGGCGACCCCGUGGCCAUCGAGGCCUGCGGAGUGGCCGGCAGCCUGGCCACCGCCGAGCUGUACACAGGCAGCAGCAUCCCAUACCAGGGGCCCACCGCCGCCUGCACGGUCGCAGGCACUGUCGGCGGCUGGCACGAAGCUUUGAACUACAUCACAGAGUGUGGGUACCAGAGGAAAUCACUCAAACGCCUUCUAUCUGACGCUAUCAAAUAUGCUGACAGUGGCUUUCCCUUGUCAACAGUCACCGUUACCCAAAUUCAAAGCAUGAUCGCCAAAAAGGUAUUGCCAAAAGAUAUUGCCCGGCUCUUUUUAAAAGAUGGUAAGGUGCCAAAAGUAGGCGAAAGAUUUUGUCAACCGGAGUUAGCCGUAACUUUGAAAUAUUUGGCCGAGAAUGGCUUAAAUAGCUUUUAUAAUGGAGAGUUGGCAAAAGCUUUAGCGGUCGAUUUUGGUUAUUUGGGAAUACCGAUUACUGAAAGCGAUUUGAAUAAUUUUCGGCCAAUAAGGAAGAAACCGAUAAAACUAACGCACAGUAAAGGUGACGUGUUUAACCUUCCACCACCUACGCAGGGUCUGGUAUCAUUAUCUAUUCUCGGGAUAUUGGAUAAAUUGAAUAUUGACCACAAAAACGAUGCAAAGUUUAUACAUGCAACGGUCGAAGCUACGAAACAGGCAUUUAAAAUGCGCGACCAAUUUAUAACGGAUCCUAAAUUCAUAAAAAUCAACCCGGAAGUUAUAUUACGCGCUGAAAAUUUGGUGAAUAUGUCUACAAAGAUAACUGAACGCGCUUCACACGACGGGAAGGGCAAAGGACCCGGUGACACGGUGUGGAUCGGAGUGAUGGACAACAAAGGGUUUUCUGUUUCAUUUAUUCAAAGCCUUUACCAUGAGUUUGGCAGUGGUGUGGUCCUGCCUUCGACAGGCAUCAUUUGGCACAACCGUGGGGUGGCGUUCAGUUUGGACAAGAACAGCAUUUUGGCGUUGGAACCUGGCAAGAAGCCCUUCCACACGCUGAACCCGGCGGGCGCGCGCCUCGUGGACGGCCGCGUCAUGGUGUACGGGACGAGGGGCGGAGACGGGCAGCCGCAAACUCAAGCGGCGAUAUUCCACAGAUACGUCAUUCAAGGAGUCCCCUUGCAGAAGUCCGUGAGCAUGCCCCGGUGGUGCUUCGGGCGCACCCUCGGCGAUCACACGGACCAGCUCAGGGUAGAAGGCAGGUUCAGCGAGGAGACCGUCGCGGCACUCAGGAAGUGGGGCCAUAAGGUGCAUGUGGUAGAGGAGUUCAGUGAUAUAAUGGGACAUGCUGGGGCUUUAGUUAGACAUGCUGAUGGUAUUUUAGAGGGAGCUUUUGACCCACGCAGCGAUGGUAGCGUAGUUGGGUUUUAAUGAGCUUGAUUUGAUUAUCUUUUCGGUAAGACUUAUCGCUCAGAACUAUUAAUCUAGAAGAAUCUGUAAUCUUUAUUUAGAUAAUAACAAUACGAUGUUAUUAAGGGCAUAACAUAAAAUUUAACAAAGGAAACUCUAUUUAUAAUGAUUUACAAGAGGUAAGGUAAGUAUAAUGUUUGUAAAAAAUAUUUGAACGAACCGAAUUGGCUAGAAAAUAGCACCCCUAUCGUGAAGUGCGGUUAAAAUUAAGAGUGUAGGAACAGUUUUAAAUUAGACAAUCUUUCUGAUAUAUAUCCUGUGCGCGCGCCGGUCUGUGGCCAGCAAUAACUCACGUUUAUUGGUCAGAUAACGCGCGAACAAAGGACCCAUCGAACUAAAUCAAAAUUCGAACCAUUUGAAAUCAUUUUCCAAGAAAUUUUCACUUUAUUGAAGGUGAGUCCACGUUUUUUUGUAUGCAAUUUAAGACUUACGAUGCACAUUAUACAUACUGUAGCUUAUCAUAGUUGUACAGGGUAUUAGUUAAGUGGAAUAGAGAGCUAUAUAAACGAAUACUCAUAAUUAUUAAGCAAGAUGAUGUUGGUAAUAAAGUCUAUUUUACUAAAAUAAAUACUUACUUACCACAA